UAUCAAGACCAGCUACUGUAAUGUAUAUAAGGAACGCAUCUGAAUUUAUUUCUUCUCGCUUCCUAUCUCCCACAAAGGAUCUCGACCAAUCCAUUUCGAAAGUCAAAGAGCUCUCAUUCAAAUUUCUUGAACGAUCCGACCAAGUAAACCUCACUCACAAAAAGAUGGAGGACGCCAUGUCAUCCACUCGCUUGGUUGAGAGACAUCAUGGUCAAGGUAUAUUACUAGUAUUUGAUCAAGAUCAGGCAUCACACCAUGUCUGAGCAUGAACCGGUGUUCGCAACUUUCCUGCCAGCGUACAAUGUGCUCAUCCACCCAGUCCUCUUGAGGCGCUGGAGAUGAGCACUGCUGGAGUCGUGGAAGUGCGUUCUGAGAUCAUACGGUUGAACUUGACUCUGGAUAAUACCAGCGGAAGGAUCAUGCUCCAUUCUCCCUCUUUUUCAUGCCUGACAGUGAACAACCUCGCCUAACCAGUUACAGGAUGUCUCCACCAAUCGCUACCUUCAACGAGUUCGAUGGCUUUACUGCAACCAAAGAGCUGAAGAGUUCUCUUGACACGCCCAAGACAUUAACUCUUAAUGCCUCUGGCAACCACACCAAGGUUCUUGAUGACUUUGCCGGCAAAUGGGACAGCUUCAAAUUUGCUCCCAUCCGCGAGUCUCAAGUCUCCCGUGCCAUGACCAAACGCUACUUUGCCGACCUUGACCGUUACGCCGAGUCGGAUAUCGUUAUUGUCGGUGCCGGCUCUUGCGGCUUGUCCACCGCGUACACCCUGGCCAAGGCCCGUCCCGACUUGAAGAUCGCCAUCAUCGAAGCUUCCGUCUCGCCCGGUGGCGGCUGCUGGCUAGGUGGCCAGCUCUUCUCGGCCAUGGUACUCCGCAAGCCAGCAGAAGAGUUCUUGAACGACAUUGGCGUGCCCUUCGAGGAUGAAGGCAACUACGUCGUCGUCAAGCACGCCGCUCUGUUCAUGAGCACCUUGAUGAGCAAAGUCCUUGCCAUGCCGAACGUCAAGCUCUUCAAUGCUACAUGCGUGGAGGAUCUGAUCACGCGCCCAUCCGCAGAUGGAGGCCUUCGCAUCGUUGGCGUGGUCACAAACUGGACCUUGGUCACGCUCCACCAUGACAACCACAGCUGCAUGGAUCCAAACACAAUCAACGCCCCACUCGUCAUCAGCACGACCGGCCACGAUGGACCAUUUGGAGCAUUCUGCGCCAAGCGUCUCGUCAGUAUGAACGCGAUCGAGAAGUUGGGCGGCAUGCGUGCCCUCGACAUGAACAGCGCGGAAGAUGCCAUUGUCAAAGGCACCCGAGAAGUCUCGCCAGGCUUGAUCAUGGGCGGCAUGGAGCUUAGUGAGCUGGACGGAGCCAACCGUAUGGGUCCGACCUUUGGCGCUAUGGUCUUGAGUGGUGUUAAAGCUGCCGAGGAAGCAUUGAAAGUCUUUGAGACUCGAAAGGCUGAAUGUGCCGAGUAAGCGCCCUCGUGGAGGGACAUGCACGCAGGCCCAUGGUCGAGCACUGGGUUCAAACAUGGGUUGAGACAUACCCAUCAUGCCAUUCAUUUACAUAGUCCCAGCUGACCACUUGCAAUCGAAGACCAUUGGGCCCUUGACAUGAUUCACUCACUCUACGUCUCUUAGUACUUGUUUGUAUGUGUACGUAUUGUCGGUUAAGCUGCCAUUUUAAGCCUCUAUUGCAUCCCCU